GGGUCCCGCUGGACUCGCGCGCGAAGGCGGGGGGGGUGGAGCCUCGUGACCUUUCACCCCAGCAUGGCUGCGUCCGUAGGACCCGUGAAGUUCUGGCGUCCAGGUACAGAGGGACCAGGUGUCAGCAUCUCUGAAGAGAGACAAAGUGUUACGGAAAACUCUGGGACAACCAUCGUUUACAAUCCUUAUGCUGCCUUCUCCAUAGAGCAGCAGAGGCAGAAGCUGCCUGUGUUUAAGCUUAGGAAUCAUAUUUUAUACUUGAUAGAAAACUACCAGACAGUGGUGAUUGUUGGAGAAACAGGAUGUGGGAAAAGCACACAGAUUCCUCAGUACCUGGCAGAAGCUGGCUGGACAGCCGAAGGAAGAGUGGUUGGAGUGACCCAGCCUCGCAGAGUGGCUGCUGUGACAGUUGCAGGGAGAGUAGCUGAAGAAAGGGGUGCAGUACUGGGCCACGAGGUGGGCUACUGCAUCCGAUUUGAUGACUGUACCGACCCACUGGCUACAAGGAUUAAGUUUCUUACUGAUGGAAUGCUGGUUAGGGAAAUGAUGCUUGAUCCAUUGUUAACGAAAUAUAGUGUCAUCAUGUUGGAUGAAGCCCACGAGAGGACCUUGUACACCGACAUUGCCAUUGGCUUGCUAAAGAAGAUUCAGAAAAAGCGGGGAGACCUUCGACUUAUUGUAGCUUCAGCUACUCUGGAUGCAGAGAAAUUUCGGGAUUUCUUUAAUCAGAAUGAAACCAGUGACCCAACCAGAGAUACAUGUGUGAUCCUUACAGUGGAAGGGCGAACAUUUCCGGUGGAUAUCUUUUAUCUACAAAGUCCUGUUCCAGAUUAUAUCAAAUCAACUGUGGAAACUGUGGUGAAAAUUCACCAGACAGAGGGAGAUGGAGACAUAUUAGCUUUCCUUACUGGCCAGGAAGAAGUAGAAACUGUUGUGUCUAUGCUGAUUGAGCAGGCCCGGGCACUGGCUCGCACUGGGAUGAAGAAACACCUCAGGGUUCUCCCAAUGUAUGCAGGACUACCUUCCUUUGAACAAAUGAAGGUGUUUGAAAGGGUAUCACGCAGUGUGAGGAAGGUGAUAGUGGCCACCAAUGUGGCAGAAACCUCCAUUACAAUCAGUGGCAUUGUUUAUGUGAUUGACUGUGGCUUUGUGAAGCUUCGAGCCUACAAUCCCAGGACAGCUAUUGAGUGCUUGGUGGUGGUGCCUGUGUCCCAGGCAUCAGCCAACCAGCGAGCAGGACGUGGUGGGCGCAACCGCUCGGGAAAGUGUUACCGCCUUUAUACAGAGGAAGCCUUUGACAAGUUGCCUCAGUCCACUGUUCCUGAGAUGCAGCGUAGCAAUUUGGCCCCUGUCAUUCUGCAGCUGAAAGCAUUAGGGAUUGACAAUGUCCUCAGGUUCCACUUCAUGUCGCCCCCUCCAGCACAGUCGAUGGUUCAAGCUUUGGAGUUACUGUAUGCCUUGGGAGGUCUGGACAAAGACUGUCGCCUAACUGAGCCACUUGGCAUGAGAAUAGCGGAGUUUCCUUUGAAUCCCAUGUUUGCCAAAAUGCUCCUUGAAUCAGGAAAUUUCGGCUGUUCUCAGGAAAUUCUAAGCAUUGCAGCCAUGAUGCAGAUCCAGAAUAUCUUUGUGAUCCCUUCAAACCAGAAGUCUCAGGCAAUCCGAAUGCACCGAAAAUUUGCUGUGGAGGAGGGUGAUCACCUCACCAUGCUCAAUGUGUAUGAGGCAUUUAUUAAACACAAUAAAAACUCCCAGUGGUGUCAGGAACAUUUCCUGAAUUACAAGGGUCUUGUCAGAGCUGCAACCGUGAGAGAACAGUUGAAAAAGCUGCUUGUGAAGUUUCAGGUGCCCAAAAAGUCUAGCGAAGGUGAUCCAGAUCCAGUCCUGAGGUGCAUUGUCUCUGGAUUCUUUGCAAAUGCAGCAAGGUUUCAUUCUACUGGAGCUUAUAGGACCAUCCGUGAUGAUCAUGAGCUGCACAUUCACCCGGCAUCAGUCCUGUACACAGAGAAGCCACCUCGCUGGGUCAUUUACAAUGAAGUUAUACAAACCUCUAAGUAUUACAUGAGAGAUGUGACUGCCAUUGAAUCUGCUUGGCUGUUGGAGCUGGCUCCACACUUUUAUCAACAAGGAACGCACCUGUCUCUGAAAGCCAAGAGGGCCAAGGUCCAGGACCAGUGAGCAAGUGUAGCUGCGGCUGCUGGGACUGCUUUGUGUCAUCUGCUCCGUGCUGCCCUGGCUAAGCUGGCACAGCUCAUGUGGAACCUGCAGAAGCCCUGGAUUGGGUGCAGCCCGCCCGUCAGCUCCCUUCUUCCUGCUCUCCUCAGUAUUUGCAGUCCUUGCUGGGAUCCCAGAGGAGCCUGCAUGGACAGGCAUCCUGCACUGCCCCCAGGCAGAGUGGGCGUGGGCUGGUCUGUGCUCUUGGCUCACCAGCUCAGCAUGCCAGUUCGACAGGCGCACAGGCCUGCCCAGCUCCAGGAAGGACGAGGAGAGUUAGCUUCUCUGAGAGCCACCUCGCGUGAUGCACAGUGCGGGGUAGACACAGGGUGUACGGGCUGGCUUUGCUUUCCCUGCUGUGGCCGUGGCUGUGUUGUCUGGUGCCAGGCGCGCACAGCAUGUAUCUUUGAAGGAAGGAGGCCUUGGGAACACUGGAGAUUUCUGUCCAGAUCAUGAAGGGUGAUGUCUUUCGGGCGCAAAGGCUCCCAAACCAAGCAGCUUCUGUGUCCUCUGCCCCCGUCCCUGCUUAUCUGUAGCCUGUAGACUUUUCGAGGGACUGGUGGCCCACGGGAAGGAUUGGACACUGACCUGGUUCCAAGGGUCUGCCCUUCCCCGGUGGACUUAGCAUUCUCUCCGAGUACGAUGCCGUGUUCUGGUGCCACUAGCUGAGUGACAGCUACUGGUGAAAGCUCUUCCGCUCUGUCCCCACAGGCGCCUUCUUAGCAGGAAUUCACUGCAGUUUAGAUGCUCUAAACUUCUGUAGCUCAGGAACAUAACUCUGGUACACAGUAUUUGUCUUGUUUGUUGGCCUGCAUUCUCGAAAGAACACAAGGCAGCCCCUCCAGCAGGCACUACUUUGCCCCAGGGCUGCUUUGCUGCCGUGAUGAUUACAUUUCAGCACGUGACGAGGCGGAUUCCUCCCCUCACUCUUUCAGUGACAUUUAUUUUAAAUACACGUAGCUUGAAAAUUUAUUUUUGUACUGGUUUUAGUUUGGAUGUGCCAUUUUUGGCACCAAACCUGUAUGUCAUUUUUAUUUCCACUUUAUAAACAUGUAAAUAUCAGUGAUAACUUGUUAAUAAUAGUAAACCUUUAUACCUAAGAUAAAUGUAUUCCCUCCCAUCCAUGGAUAUCAUCGUCUGGUUUUUUUUCCCCUAGUACCAGGACUCAGAUUCAGGACCUUGCACUUGCCAGGCAGGUGCUUUGCUGCUGAGCUGCCUCCCGGGUCCACAUUGUCUGUAUUUUAAUUGUUAAAAUGAACAUUUGUUCCAAAUGAGGACCUGACAUUAGCCAAGGAAACUGAAGUUGUAACGUACAGCAGCUUUCAGUGCCACAUGGUGUCAAGAAACCCAUAAAGCACAAUUGUGUGUCCAAAUGCCCUCAAGACCUUAUUAAAACAAACUGGGACAUUAUGUAAAGGAAAACCAAAAGAGGUGCUAAUUUUUGCCAGGUUUCAGUUUGUAUUGUACUGUAGUGGGCUCAGAAACUUGUUAUUUUCAAAGGUUGCAUUGCAGUGGGAAAGGGGGAAGUUACAGGAUCCAUAACCUCAAGUUUGAGAACAGAAAUCCAAAACCGGAGGCCAGAUGGUCUGAAGGGGACAGACGGAAGCACACCUUCACUCUGCCUUUAUCUUUGAGUGCCUGAUCCUGAGUAUGUAUGAGUGCUUUCUUUGUUCCUCACCUGUCAGAGGGCAGCCUCCACCAGGGCAGGCCUCCCAGUUUUAUAUCUGUGUCACUUUACAGCACAAGUGUGGGUGGAGAUGAAUGCUCACUGUCAGAAAAGUCCUGAGACCAUGGCCAGGGGCUGCCUUUAUAUAUUUCUGGAGUGUAGCCUGCACAGGCCCUGCAGUUUUUCUGCACACGGAUUCCCUCUAUUAGACAUUGAUGUCACGAGGAGCCCCUGCUUUGGUCUACAGCUGUGGCCACUCUGUCCAGUCAGCUGUGUGGAUGGUGCAGGAAUAGGAGUAGAGAUGCCUGUCCACAAAAAACUGGAGGCAUAGCUGAGCACAGCUGCCUCAGGAGGCUGAGGACGGAGGAUCAUGAGUUGGAGGCAAAUUUAGUAAGACACUGUCUCAAAAAAGGACCAGUGGUAAAGUUCUUGCCUAUCGUGCAUGAGGCCUUGGUUUGAUCUUUAGCACCACAGAAAGAAAGGGAAGAAAGGAAGGAGGGAGGGAAAGAGGAGGAAGGGAGGGAGUGAGCCCGACAGGAAGAGAGGGAGGAGGGAGAGUACGCCGGCAGACUGGGUGCAGCACGGUAGUGAAUUGGGUGGUGGUCAUCACUUCUUAAAAAUUCAAUGCCAACAGUCCUACUUCAGCCACCCAAUUAAAAAUGAAAACAAACCUUGGUUGAUGAGAUUCUCGAGCUUGGGAACCGUGUGGAUGUGGGCCAGCUGGCAAUGUCAGCACCAGGCAUUGCUGCUCUGGGAACAAAUCUGAAUGCCAAGCAAUGAAUUUCCAGUGAACUUCUGGAGCAGGGGAGACUACCUGCCUUUAUAUCUCACUAGGAGAAUUCAAGUUUGUUGAUCUUAGCCCCUGUAGUGAGUCAUUGCAACUGGACCUAGCCAAUCAUUUGACAGCUGGCCACUUGAGGUGAAAAGCUAGAGUUGGUCUGGAAGGUGGUCUGGGCAGGCCUCGUGGUCCCUGGGUCACUGCUUUCUCUAGCGAGCAAAGCUCACGUGCUGACACCUGGAGUGAAUUACAGAAGUUGCCAUGUGCACCCUUGGGUGGUAAUGAACUUGUUCAGACAGGCCGUCUCCUUUCCUGCCUAAGUGGGGCCAGCAUGAUUCCCAGUGCAGCAUU